UAAAAAGUGAAUAUGGAACAUUAAUUUAUUUGUUUAGAAUAGAAGGAAAGUAUUUUAAAAUGGUUACAAUGAAUUCUUCGGAAAAGGCGCAGAAAGCCUGUCAGCAAGGCCCUUCCAGGGACACCACUAAAAGCACCAAAGAUGACAAAGAGAAAGAUAAAAAAGAUAAAGAUAACAUGAUAGCCAACUUGCCGCCGAGCGUCCAGGCUCUCAUGUCGACAAUACCGUCGCCGGAGGAGUCGCCAAACUACCUUGUUUAUAAGAAGAUGGAAGCAAUAAUCGAGAAGAUGCAAGAUGAAACGACGGGGGUUCCCGUGCGUACCGUCAAGAGCUUCAUGACUAAGAUACCGUCGGUUUUCACAGGUUCAGAUCUGGUCUCCUGGCUCCAGAAACACCUAGCUCUCGAUGAUAACUCGGAAGCCCUGCAUUUGGCUCACCUCCUAGCCGCUCACGGUUACCUGUUCCCUAUUGAUGACCACUGCCUCACUGUCAGGAACGAUAACACUUACUAUCGUUUUCAAACACCAUACUUCUGGCCGUCGAAUCAAUGGGAGCCUGAGAACACCGACUAUGCGGUGUACCUCUGCAAGAGAACAAUGCAAAACAAGGCUCGCCUGGAGUUAGCAGACUAUGAGGCGGAGUCCUUGGCUCGUCUCCAGAAAAUGUUCAGCAGGAAAUGGGAGUUUAUCUUCAUGCAGGCAGAGGCUCAGAGUAAGGUGGAUAAAAAGCGAGAUAAACUGGAACGAAAAGUUCUGGAUAGUCAAGAAAGAGCCUUCUGGGAUGUACAUCGGCCGAUGCCGGGAUGUGUGAAUACGACGGAAUUGGAUCCGAAGAAGCUUUCAAGGAUCAACGCUAUGAAGGCGAAGAGACUCAGGCAAUGUCAGGAAUUAUUAUUGCAGCAUAAUUUAAAGAACAAUCCUAUAGUAACGAUAACAAACGCCCAGGAAAGCGAAGAGGCGAUACAGAAGAAUUCCGAAAAGACAGAAGACAGUAGUGUGAAGGAAAACGGUGAGACAUCCCAAAUUAAACCACAAGUCGUGGAGCCUGAAAAGUCCAUCGAGCAACAGAUCGAGGCAGCGAGACGACAGCUAACCGUGCUGAAAGCCCGCUUGGAGAGGAGGAACGUGAGAGUCAGUAAAGUGGCCGAAAUGUUCAUAUCCUACUGUGAGCAGUAUAUGGAGUAUGAUGCGUUCCUCACACCGCCCGAGUGGCCGAACCCAUGGAUCAGCGAUACUACAGAGCUAUGGGACCAAGAGAAACAAUGCAAGGAACCGCUGCCACUGCGGCGGGUGCGGCGCUGGUCCUUCGGCCUCAGGGAGCUGCUGAGGGACCCGCCCGGCCGGGAGCACUUUGCCAAGUUCCUCAGCAAGGAGUUCAGCGGAGAGAACCUCAAAUUCUGGCUAGCCGUGCAAGAGUUGAAGGCACUUCCGAUAAGACGAGUGUCUUCCAGAGCGAAGGAAAUUUGGAAGGAGUUCUUUGCCUCUGACGCUCCAUCUCCAGUCAACAUCGACGCCGCUAGCAGAGAGUUAACAAGAGCGAAAGUGGAGUCUGGUACAGCGGAUAGAUACUGCUUCGAUCAGGCACAGGCUCACGUGUAUCAUCUCAUGAAGUCAGACAGUUACUCGAGGUACCUCAGAUCUGAGAUGUACAAAGAUUAUUUGAAUGGAUCCAAGAAGAAGACAUCCGUGAAAGGGAUACGGUCAAUAGUGUCUUUCACGGGAAGGAAAGAGACCUCGGCCAACUGAACAUCCUUAUACAAUGUAUGGAAUAUUAUCAAAAUUUAUAUAGUAUUAAUUUUUUUGCUUAUAUGCAAUACUUUAUAAGUUUUUAUUUUUUAAUUGACUAUUGUGUAUUAUUUCGAUUGUUUUUGAAUUCAAUUGUUAGUUAAUUGACAGAUGUAAUGCAACAAAUUGAUUUGAUAAUCAUUAUGUAAAAAAGGGAUUACAUUCUCGAAAUAUA